AUGAGUACAGAUCCUCGACUUGCUCGAGCAAUGACCGCAAAUCCACCCCCUCCUCCACCGCCUCCGCCCCCGCAGGAACCCUCAUCUUCAACCCCUCCAGCGGGGACGGAUGGCACAGCCGAUGAAACACCUACACCACCACCACCGCACCCCUCAUCGACAUCGUACAAACUUAAAUUCUGCACAGUAUGUGCCGCCAAUCAAAAUCGGUCAAUGGAGGCACACAAUCGCCUCUCCUCACCACCGUCAUCGUAUCCAGUAAUAUCCUUCGGCACCGGGUCCCUGGUCCGGCUCCCAGGCCCAUCCAUCACGCAACCUAAUGUCUAUAACUUCAACACCGUAUCCUAUGCUCAAAUACUAUACCGCAACAACGGCGUCCUCACCAUGCUCGAGCGAAACAAGGGCGUGAAAUGGGGUCCGGAGCGCUUUCAGGAAUGGGUACCCGGAAUGCCGCGAUUGGAUCAUGUGUCUAGAGGGGACAAGGGAAGUUUGGGGACAGAGGGCGGGUUGGUUGAUGCUAUCAUUACUUGUGAAGAGCGGUGCUGGGAUGCCGUGGUUGAUGAUUUGAUGAAUCGCGGUGCCCCGCUGAAUCGCCCCGUGCAUGUUUUCAACGUCGACAUUCGUGAUAGUCACGAGGAGGCCCUGGUUGGCUCCAAGGCGAUUCUUGACCUGGCAGACAGGCUGAACAGUGCAGCUGAUGAGGAACAGAAAAUCAACGGUGCGAAUGGCUGGGAUCAGGCGACUGGUGAAGCGAGGAGAUGCUUCGAUGAGAAGGUUCCUGAGAUCCUUGCCAAGUGGCAGGAGAAAUGGCCCAAUCUACCCGCAUUGUGGACUCUAUCUUGGUUUUAA